UUUCGUUAUCUGCUCUCUCAGUCAAAGUUUACUGCCAUUUCUACAAAUCUUGACUUCACAUCCAUAUAUAACAAACAUUUAUAUAUAGAGAGAGAAAUAGAAAAAAACAGAGAAAUAGGAAAUUCAUUGGGUGCUGGGCGUCCGGCGAACGGCUAGUAUCGGCAGCGAGAGACGGUGAUUACGUGGAAGCAAAGAUGUUGCUUGAUUGCAAUCUAUGCCUCUCUAAAUACUCUACUUUUGGUGGCCUCAAUUCCCCUCUUCAUUUUGCUGCCGCCAAAGGCCACAAUGACGGAAAAGGUGCUAAUAUGUCCCUCUACUUUAGUUAAUAGUUUAAAACUGUCCCCCAUCAUACUCUCAGCCCAAUUAAAGGCCUAACGUUACCAAACCUGUUUAAAUUACCCCUUUUUUGGAUGGCUGUCCAUCGUGUCAAUUUGACUUUAUUUAAAAUUGACACGGUGAAAAUUAUUAGCCCAAUCCAUUACUAAAUAACCCGCGACCCGUCACCCAGACCUAUUUUCCUCAUUAAUAUAUAAACCCUCAAACCGGUUAUCAUAGAAAGAGUGUCAUAAUUCUCAUUGUUCUGAGAGCUAAAUGGAUAGGCGAUAUUGGGCGUGAAGUUCUACUACCGACUUGACUGUAAAAUUCUUCAAAGAUUACAUAGAUGGUUAAUGUGGACCUUUUAUUCCAAUAUGGAGGUGACUGGAUUAGGGAGCCACAAGUGGUAUAUUAAAAAAAAUUGGUACACAGCUGGAAACAGUAUGAUUCUAACCUUCUGUCUUUUAUGGACAUAAUAGAUGAGUAUGCUUCCAAGUUAGGAUAUGUUGGUAUUCAACAACUACUAGUAUGUUUUUCUUAUGGUAAAUAUUAUGAAGUAGAUGGGGAUGUGGGUAUUAGGACUUUACAGUCUUUUAUUUCUGACCAAUUCAACCUCAUUAAUCUAUUUGCUGUUGAGGAUAGUGAAAUGGGUGUUAAUGUUCCUAAUAUUGUCAAUUACACUGAAUCAUCCACAGUAGAUAAUCAGACUGACACUUAUUGUAGUUCAAAUGAAAGUGAAGAUGAUAGUUGCCGGUCAGAUUAUGAUUCUGAAGACUUAGAGACACUUGCACUACAAAAACAAAAUUGUGAUAGGUUGACUGACUACAAGGAAUUGUAUAAGGGAAUGUCAUUCGAGGAUAUACCUGAGGCUAGAAAAGUGAUAAAUCUUUAUUACUUAGCCAAUUGCUAUGGUUUAACACAACUUAAAAGUUGUACUAAGAGGCUAAGGUAUAGGUGUGAGGUAGACUGCCCCUUUGUUUGUCACAUUUCUAAAGAUAAAAAUGGUGCUGGAGUUAGUAUUAGAACAUUAAAGGCAAAGCAUAACUGUAACCCUUCAUUUAAUAACCCAAGGGUUGAUUAUAAUACUAUAGCACAAUAUUUUAAGACCAAAAUACAUGACAAUCCCAAAAUAAAGGUUAAGGAGAUGAAAGCUGCUCUGAAAACUACAUUCAACAUCAAUGUUAGUCAUUCAAAAUAUAAGAGAGCCAAGAGAAUGAUCCUGAAAAGUCUAGAUGGUAGUUUUGUUGAUGAGUAUAAUAAACUAGAGGCAUAUGCUAAUGAAUUGAGGAUAAGUAAUCUAGUAAGUGACGUCAUAAUUAACAUAUCCAAGGAUGCACUUACUGAAGGUAAGGGGAGAUUUUCUAGGAUGUAUAUCUGUUUCCAUGCUCUAAAGAUGGGGCUUAAGAGUGGUCUAAGACCCUUUAUUGGCUUGGAUGGAACAUUCUUGAAAGGAAAAGUGAAAGGCCAACUCUUAGUUAUUGUUGCUCUUGACUCAAUGAAGCACUUUUAUCCUAUAGCUUGGGCUAUUGUGGAAAAAGAAACAAAAGUUACCUGAAACUGGUUCUUGACCUUGCUGAAGCAUUCAUUAGACCUCAAGUUGGGAGAUGGAUUCACAUUUAUGUCAGACAUGCAGAAGGGCUUGGUUGAGGCAAUGCAAGAUAUCCUUUCAGAUGCACACCACAGAUACUGUGCGAGGCACAUAGAGGCUAACUGGUGAAAAAGAUGGGGUGCUGGGGAGUUGAAGAAGUACCUUUGGUGGUGUUCAUGGAGCAGUUAUAAUGAAGAUUUUAAAGAUCAAUUGAAGAACUUGGGGGAGUUGAAUAAAGAAGCUGCUGAAGACUUGUUGAGGUAUCCUCCCAAGUCAUGGUGUAGAGCAUACUUUGACACAGUAUGCAAGAAUUAACAAGUUGACAAUAACUUAACAGAGUCCUUUAAUUCUUGGAUAUUGGAUGUUAGGCACAAACCUAUUAUAAAGAUGCUUGAAGGCAUAAGGGUUAAUGUGAUGAAUAUGUUGAAAGAACAUGGAAGUGAUGUGAUGACUUGGGCAGGAGACUUUAGUCCUCAAACUAUGAAGUUGUAUAACCAGUUCUUGAAGAUUGCACAAAAAAUGUAGUGUUAACUUCAAUGGAGAAUUUGGUUAUGAGGUGGAUGAAGGACCUGAAAAGCACAAAGUGAUCCUGGAGUUGAAAAAAUAUACUUGCAGGACAUGUGACCUCACUGGAAUCCCAUGUCCUCAUGCUCUUAGGGCACUGCUAUAUAAAAAGUUAGAUCCUUUGAGUGGGAUUCAUUGGUGGUACACUAAGGAGGCUUUUCUCUUUACUUAUUCACAUAUGUUACAACCAAUUAGAGGAGAGAAGUUUUGGAAUAUAGAUCCAGCUCAUGCAAUGGAUCCACCAGUGAUGGUGAAUAUGGCUGGUAGACCUAAAGUAAAGAGAACUAGAGAAAAGAAUGAGGCAACCAAUAGGUAAGGGGAGUGGUCUCAAUCUAGAAAAGGAAGGGUGAUGACUUGUUCUACAUGUGGACAGCCUGGGCACAAUUCAAGGGGAUAUCAAAAGUCUGAUAAAGGAAAACAACCAAAGGGUGGUGGUAAGACAAAGAAGAGGCCAAGAUCAUUGAUUGAUGAAGACAGUGAUGAAAGCAUGGCCAGAUCUAUACCUUCUGCAAGGCUAACUAUUGAAGAAGAGUUGCACUUAACAUCACCCCAGCCCAGUCAAUUGAGUCAAGCAAGUCAAUCCAGUAGCAAUGUAGGACCCCAAUAUAGGUUUAUGCCAACACCUUCUGUGCCAAGGAAGCAAUCCAUCAACAGUGCAUCCAUAUUUCCAGAUUUUGAUUAUCCAGAAUUUGACAAUCCAGACCCCUUCUAAUUCCAAGGAGUGUGUCAGAGGCGACAACUAGACUUCAAAUGAGGGAGCAAGUUGGGGCACCAACAUCAAGAACAAACCUUAGGCUUAGGGCAUUUAUAGAACUUCCUUCUAGGAUUAGAAAUAAUUGUGGAAGUUAUCCGGCUGGCUAUCAUACCACAGUGACAUCUAAUCUGAGACAAAGAACAUCCUUGCGAUAUUUUACAGGAACCAAAAGUAAGGCAGAUGAGGAGAGAAGAGAGCAGAAAUUUUUAAUUUUUUAACUAAACCCUAGAUGUUACAGAUAUGGAGGUUUUAGGAGGAAGAAGACAUUAACAUGGAGGUGGCUUUC